GAAGUGGAGCUUUGGGUCGUGAUCUUACAGUCAGAGGGUCCCAGGUAACAUCUUCUUCUGUCAGCUUCUCCUUCAUGAUGCUGCAUCUCUGUUGUCUCAUGUUCUCCUUGCUGUGGAGUCUCUCUUUCUCCUCCUCUGGGCUCCAGUGCAACGACAAGCAAUAUGAAUGGCCGGUAGGCAAUCCCGAGAAAUGUUGUCCAAUGUGUGAGCCAGGUCAUCGUUAUAUUAAACGCUUAGGCGUAGGAAAAGACUGUAAAAUUCAAUGUGACCCCUGCGAUGAAAAUCGGUACAUGGAUAUCUACAACAAGGAAAACAACUGCAAUGUCUGUGAUGUUUGCAUAAAAGAAAACUUUGAGGUUGUGUCAAACUGCACACGAACCCAAAACACUGUUUGCAAGUGCAGAGCUGGCUAUCGAUGCAAAGACGCGUCCUGCACAUUUUGUGAUCCUGUCCCAACAACCACCCAGCCCACGCCGCCGCCGCCGCCGUCCACCGCAGUAGCUGGAUCCACCUCCACAGCCAAGACAACUGUACCACAAAAUGACAAAAUCAGAGAUACUCAGUGGUUCCUGGUGAUAAUCGCCCUUCUGUGUGCUGGAAUUGCUCUGGUUGUUAUGACAAAAAUCAAGCCAAUUCUGCACUGGAUCAGAUCCAAUCACGGUUAUUUUUUGCCUGAAAAAACUGUGACAGCCCCUCUGCGCGCAGUGGAUGACGACGUGUCCAAGCCGGUCCAGGAGGUGUGUGGAAAAUGUGACCACUGCAUCGAUUUAUGCAUAAAGGAUUAAAUCCUGGACUUGGAAAACGAAAAUACUUGUCAAAAUCUUCACUGCCACAAGAAAGAGACAACAUCGCCUGGAUAUUGGAGACGGAUGGAGACAAACGUCGCUUCAGUCGUUAUGAUGGAGAGGACUACGGCGGACGGUUCAGCUACUAAUGCUGUUCAAAAACUACAGGAUAUCUCAAUACACAAAAAACUAAACCUACAAAAACUGGAAGAUUUAUUCCACCUAAACACACAGAGUGGGACACUAUAAUAGUCCUGCAUGGGCUGUUUGGUAUUUUGAUAAUAGGUAUGUACUAUGGUACACUAUACUACAUAAUAAGACAAGAAUAUUUACCAGUGAUGAGAUUCUCACUCAGAAAUUUCUCCAAUAGGUUUAAACCUGUUCCUACGUAUAUAUAUUUACAUAUAAAUAUAUAUACUGUAUAAAUGUAUAUAAAUAGCGUAGAGCUGCUGUUUAAUAUCAAAUCAUGUAUAUUAAGUACAAUUUUUUUUUUAAAACCUCAGGUAUUUUUUUAUUUUCCUUUAUGCAAAAUAAAACAAAUACUCCAC